UGUUUUUAUUUUUUCUCGAAAAAAUGCGUGAGCUGUCAUUGAACAAUACAUUCUGUCAAAGUGUAACACGUGCAUAGGUUAACCUUUUUAUUCAUUCAUUUAUCAUUGAUAGAGCAUUAUUUCUUUAAAAUAAAAAAUGAUCCGUAUAUUAAAAGACUUUUUGCGACCAUUGCAAUUAAAUUCGUCAUUGCAUUUGCGAAGUUCGUAUACAAAUCAAACGGUUGAGGAUUGGAUAACAUCCCUUCCAGAAGAUAAACAAAAAAGGAUUAGAUUAAUUCAGAAUGAGAUUUAUCUAAGACUGGCCGAAAGGAAAAAGAUGCCACCAAUAAAUAUGUUAACCAUAGCCGAUUAUGAAGAAAUGUUGGAACAGUCAAACAAUCAACGACAAAAGUAUCACAAUUAUUUGCAUUCAUCAAAAAUGGCCAUUUCGAAUGACGAGAAGAAGCGUAUGAUAGCAGCGAGAUUGUAUGAUGAAAACAAACAACUGAGCACACUUGGUCAGCCAAAAACCAAUCAUAUUCGAUAUGGCCUAGGACAUAAUACACAAUUUUUGAGAAUAACAAAUAAUCAAAUCAACAAAUGGAGAAAUUUCAAAUUGUGGCGUGCAAUGACACUAAAUGAACCAGUUCUGAUAUUGGACUGUGGUUUCAAUGACACAAUGUCGAACCACGAACUUCAAGAUCUGGCGCGUCAAAUUAAAUAUUCCUUCAGUGAAAAUCGAUUAGAUCGUAAACCUUUUGUACUUAAUUUGUGUAACAUGAACACAAAUUCAAAGCUAUGGUAUGAAUUGUCAAAGAAUAUGCCCAAAUUUGAUAAAUUACCGUGGCACAUUUCGCCAAACAAUAUUACGGAUGUAUUUCCAGUUGAAAAACUAGUUUAUUUAUCGCCGGACGCACCAGACGCACUGGAACAAUUUAAUGCCGAUGAUUGCUAUGUCUUGGGAGCUAUUGUUGACAAAGGAAAUCGACAACCAUUGACACUGGCCAAGUCGAAGCGACUGGGAAUUCGUGCAACACGUUUACCAUUAGAAAAAUAUAUUAAAUUCAAUUCACACAAAACAUUGACACUCGACCAAAUGACACGAAUUAUGCUCGAGCUUAGGCGCACACAGGAUUGGCGAAGAGCACUAAAACAUGUACCAGGUCGGUACACUUUGGAUAAAUUUUAGUCCAACAGUGAGAAUUAGUUACGAAAAUUUUAGAAUAACAUUAAUUGAAAAAUUAUCGACUCUAACUUGUAAUAAAAAGAUGUUUGACAUAAAUAAAAAAAAAAUGUUUAAGACUCA